CGUGGCGCAUCAACAAACAGAGAGGCGUGAUCUAAACUCGGAGAUGAAGUCAAAAAUUCUGCGUUCAAUGUGAAAAUAGACCCGCCUUCAUCUGAAAAUAACCGCGGUGAGCUCGAACAGGAAACUUGUGCGCUCCAGCCCUUCGCAGCUUCACCGAUGCAUCAUUUGACACUUGAACAGGUUCCCUAAAUCCACAUCAGCGCCGCCAACACCUCAGCCAACCGUCUCUGUCCCUUCGUCUGGAGCCGUUAGGGUGACAAAAGAUUAGACCGAUGACCUCCUUUUACAACGAUAAAGACUUGGAGGAAGAGCUCAGUCGAGUCAACUGUUCUGAUGAGGAUUUGCAGUUUGAGUACUUGUUUGAGUAUGAGCCACCUUGCAACGACUUUGCUGUGGGAAAUCAAGAUGACCCAAACCUUGAACCACACAAAGUCCUCAGUGCUGAGUCGGCACAGCCUUUCCCUCUGGAGGAAACUUCCCCUUACGGCAUCAAGUCCUGCAGUCCCCCCUACAGUGAACACAACACUGAGGUUCUCUCAGGAUACGAGCACCAGGAGGCCAGAGGCUACCUGGACAGUACCCGGCCCACAGGUCUGGCCCUGAGCCCACGGAUUGAAAUCACCCCCUCACGUGAGCACUACAGCCAUGGCCGUGACUCCCUGCACAACCACCACCAGAACCUUAGCCCCAGACCCACUCUCACUGUGCCCGGCCAUGACAACCUUGCCUACCGUGAACCACAGUGCCUGAGUCCGGCCAGCAGCAACUCAUCCACCAGCUGGCACUCGGAGAGCUACUCACCCUGGGCGUCUCCUUGUGUGUCCCCCAGCAGUGGACAGAACCCCGGUGACCUUUGCCCUCGCUUACAGAACAUCCACACUGGCUCCCCUCGCACCUCUCCGGGCACCUCUCCCCGCACCAGCCUAGCAGAGGACGGCUGCCUUGGAGCCCGUUCACCCUCCCCCAGGCCCGGCUCCCGCUCCACAUCCCCUCAGGGCAAACGCACCUACGACAUGUACAGGAAUCCAGGGCUCGUCCCAGGGCAUCGCUCCCGUAGUCCUUCACCCCACAGCAGCCAUGAAGAUCACAACAUAAUAGGCGCCCACUAUACCCACACCAGCCUGGCUGAUGCUAUGAAUGGUUUUGGCACCGGGCAGCCUGGACUGGUGCCCACCAAAAUAGUCAAAACAUCCAACCAGGUUUACACUCUGUACCCAGAGAACAACAGAGAACCAAACUACCUGGUACCAUGUGACCAGGACAUAACCAAAGCUCCUGCAGAGCCUUUCUUUGUCAUCCCUCCAAUCUGGUCCAAGCCGCUCGUUUCCAGCAUUUGCAGCAUCCCUGUGGCGUCUCUCCCUCCGCUAGAAUGGCCGAUACCCAGUCGAACAGACCAGUAUGAGCUCCACAUUGAAGUGCAGCCGAAGCCACAUCACAGAGCUCACUAUGAGACAGAGGGGAGCAGGGGUGCAGUCAAAGCCCCCACAGGAGGACAUCCUGUUGUGCAGUUACAUGGCUACAGAGGCAAGGAGCCACUCGGCCUGCAGAUAUUCAUCGGUACGGCAGAUGAGCGCAUCCUAAAACCCCAUGCCUUCUAUCAAGUCCAUCGCAUCACUGGCAAAACAGUCACAACCACCAGCUAUGAGAAGAUUAUCCACGGCACCAAAGUCCUGGAGAUCCCACUAGAGCCAAAGAACAACAUGAAAGCAAUAAUUGACUGUGCUGGGAUCCUGAAGCUGAGGAACGCUGACAUUGAGCUGAGAAAGGGCGAGACAGAUGUGGGCCGGAAAAACACUCGAGUCCGUCUAGUGUUUCGUGUGCAUAUACCUCAGCCUGGAGGACAGCACGUCUCUCUCCAAGUGGCCUCACAUCCCAUUGAAUGCUCCCAGCGUUCAGCUCAUGAGCUUCCCAUGGUGGAGAAGCAGGACAUGGACAGCUGCUCUGUGCUCGGAGGCCAGCAGAUGAUCCUGACUGGGCAGAACUUCAGCUCCGAUUCGAAGGUCAUUUUUAUGGAGAAAACUCAGGAUGGACAGAUAUGGGAGAUGGAAGCAACAGUGGACAAAGACAAAAGUCAGCCUAACAUGCUGUUUGUGGAGGUGCCGUCCUUCAAGGAUACAUCCAUCUGUCACCCGGUCAAAGUCAACUUCUAUGUUAUUAAUGGCAAAAGGAAGCGCAGCCAGCCGCAACAUUUCACCUACACACCACUGGCAUCUCCAUCCAUUAAGACAGAGCCAAUAGAUGAGUAUGAGGCUGAUCAUAUGGGGUUGGCCAUGCCUCAGAUCCUGGGUAUAUCCCCUCAUUCAUACUACAGUAACCCGCGCAGCAUCCUCCACCCAGACAACGGCCUGGUGCCAGGUAUGGCCUCCUGCCAGCAGGCCCGUCUCAGCUCUAGCCUCCCAAACCAGGACGGACGCUUCCAGCAGCAAAGCCCCGCAAUCAUUUACUCUCGUGGGGGAAAGAGUCUGAGCGGCAGCCCUGGCCUUUAUCAGCAGACCGGAGGGAUGAUGCCUGACCCCCAUCGGUCCGUCCUGGUCCACACUGGUUCCCCGGCUCACUCUGUAGGACAACACCCCUCUAUCAUCCAGUUCUCCCCGACUAAUCACCAUCUACUUCGGGCAGUAGACCCUCAAACUCUCACUGCUCCUCAGCCUGACAACCAGCAGAUUAUCUACUGUGACGGCUACUCCCCACAGGCGGCCGCCACCCACUCUCCCACACCCCCACAGGCUCAGACGGCAGCGACACACACCCAGCACUAUCCCACCGUGAUACAGCAGCAGAAUUAUGUCCAGAAGGGACAGCAGAAAGGCCGGGCUCCUCCCGGUCCCGGGCAGAUGGACACACCAGGAGAUGGACAGAGGAGGGUGACGGUCAAGGAGGAGAAUCUGGACCAGGCUUACCUAGAUGAUGUUAAUGAGAUCAUAAGAAAAGACCUGACAGGCGUCCAGGCCAGAGGGCAGACAUAGAGGAGGGUCCUCAGCAGGAAAUGACAACAUAUCAAACACAAACACACAACCUUCCAGUGUGGUGACGCACUUCCAACAGCAUUCAUACCUUAUUUUCCACAUUCUGUUCACCUGUUUCAUUUGGCAAAAAAAAAGAACUAAUUUAACCCAUAACUGAUAACGUCCUGCAGGUUUCACACCGACCAAUAAGAAUCAA